AUGCACCACGAGGCCCGCGAGGAGCGCCGCCACCACCGCCGCCAACAGUAGCAGCCUGAACUGACUGCGCCCGCACUGUGGGCAGCCCCGCCUGGGCCCACUGGGGCUCGGGGAGAACACCAGGCUCAUCGGCACGAGCUGCCCCGCACCUUGUGCUCUCCACGAGCACACUCGAAAACGGAAUGAUCCUCCUGCGUGGGCAUUCCAAAGAAGGACGGGGCAAGAUUGGCCCGCGGCAGCACGUGGCCGCUCUGAAGCGGCCAGGUGCUGCUGCGUUGUGAACACAUCACGGCGGAAGCUUUUUCGCUACGCCGAAAACAGCCAAAGACCGCCCGCUCCAGUUUUUUGGAGCGUCGGAUCUCUGGGCUCUUGGCUCCCAACUUCGCGCUUCGCGCUGCGCGAAGCGCGAAUAACUUCGCGCUCUCGCGCCGCCCUCCCAAAGGGAGAAUAGGAGGACGAGGAGGAGGGGGAGAAGGAACGAGGACCGCGAAGCGCGAAGCGCGAAUAACUUCGCGCCCUCGAGGGAGCCCUUGUAUUCACGGCCUAACAUGCACAUUGGCACAUUGGCACAUUGGCGCGAGGCGGCGCGCGCGAGCGCACACAUCGGCUCGCGCCGCCGAGCAUGCACGGAGGCGGGGAGGAGCGUCGGGGGCAGCGGGGGCGGCGAGAGGACGAGGACGAGGAGGAAACAGGGCGGGAGGCUUCUCUUUCGCCGCUUCUGCCCGCCCCCGCAGGGGGGGGGGCCCUCGCCGGACCUCCCCCGGGGGGCCCUCGCCGCCGCGGCGCGAGGGGCGAGAGGCCCCGCCCCCGGGGAGAGGCCAAGGGACACUUGCGGAGGCCGUGCGCCCCGAGAGGCGCGCGCCGUGACGGGCAGUGUGUCUGGCUGUGCGCUGGAGGAGGAGGAGGAGGAGGAGGAGGAGGAGGAGGAGGAGGAGGAGGAGGACGCGGACGAGGAGGAGUAGCCGAUGCGCGCGCCCCACGGCAGGCGUCGGCACCAAGCGCCGGGGCCGCGGCGAGGCUCUUGUAUUGGAAAAUGUUUGCAAGGAGGCCAGCACCACCCCUGCGAUUCUGGCUACCCCGCCCGCCGAUCGGCGGCCCAACACAGCUGACCGAGGCGUUCGGGCCUCGCUGCGGGCGCUGAGGCAGGAGAAAAAGGGAAGCAAGGCAGAGGCGCGCUCUGUAUGGCGCCUUCCGACAGUACAGUCUGCCGGGAAAGAAAAAGGCAAGCACGUGGCCACGCCUGCGGAGAGCGGACCCUCGGGGCGGCAUCCAGCGAGCGCGCGAAAGCAGCGGUGAGAGGGUGAUGCAGAACGGCCAGGGCGCCGCGCGGUAGGAGGAACGCGGGCGGCCCGGAGAGGGAAGGCGG